AUGCGGCCGGCGGACACAUAUGAUUAUAUCAUUUGCGGGGGAGGCACCUCCGGUUGCGUUGUCGCUGGUCGGUUAGCUGAAAAUCCCAAUGUGAAAAUUCUGGUCAUCGAAGCAGGACAGCACAAUAAGGAUCUAGAGAAUGUACAUAUGGCUGGAGGGUGGGCGAAUAACUUCGACUCCGAGACUGAUUGGAACAUCGUCACACCUCCUAUGGAAGGGAUCAACAAUCGACAGGUCAAACUCAGUCGUGGACGUUUCCUCGGUGGCAGCUCGGGAUGCAACGGGACGCUGUGUGUGCGUGGCAGUCCACAGGAUUAUGACGAUUGGGAUCUGGAAGGAUGGAGCGGAGAGGAGUUCUUCGCUGCCAUGAGAAAGGCAGAAACCUUCCACCCCAAGGAUUGGUUCCAAGCUGAUCCGAAGAGCCAUGGAUAUUCGGGUCCGUUGCACACCGAGCCGCAUGACUUGGCUCCUAUUAGCAAAUUGAUCAUGGAUUCUUUUGUUUCGCAGGGACUGCCUCUUCACCAUGAUAUGUUCAGCACCGGGGACAUUCCCCAUGGAUGCGGCCAUGCACCUCGGACGGUCUACAAAGGAAUUCGUUCUACGGCGGCUGAUUUCAUCACGAAAGAAUACCACCGCGCGAAUGUCUCAAUCCAGACUAAUAUGACCAUCGACCGCGUCAUCUUAGAAAAAGGACCAGAGAAUACUCGGGCGACAGGUGUUGUAGGUAUUCUGGCUGACGGGUCAUCAAAGUCCUUCUACGCUACGAAGGAAGUCAUUGUGUCUGGAGGAGCCUACUGCAGCCCAGCCAUCCUCAUGCGAUCUGGCAUAGGAGCCUUCCAAGAGCUUCAAGAGGCUGGGAUUUCAUGUGUCAUCGACUUGCCUGGUGUGGGCAAGAAUCUCAUGGACCAUGUGAUUGUAUUCAUGUUCUACGAAACCGACAAAAAGGGCCUAACAAACGACCACCACGUCUACCACGAUAACAAUUUCGAGAAGACCUACGCGGAAUGGAAGACGCAUAAGACUGGAUUCCUCUCGACAUUCCCCUUUGGGCCCUUUGCAUUUGCACGUCUGGAUGAACGUCUUAAAGAUGAGCCACUGUGGAACAGGGCGCCCCGAGAACCAGGUCGAGACCCUAUGGGACUCACGACCAAACAGCCCCAUAUCGAGUUCUUCACCACGGAAUGCUAUGGCGGACCGAAGCAGUUCAGCCAAUUCCCAGUCCAUCAUCAACAUGCAUUUUCGAUGAUUGCCGAACUCUUUGCUCCCCAGUCUCGGGGUACUGUGACAUUGCAGUCGAAGAACCCCAUGGAUAACCCGGUUGUAGACUGCAAUUAUCUGGCGGAUCCGCUGGAUUUGCUGGUAUUGGCUGAGGCUUGCCGAUUUGGGAACGAGAUCGUAAUGCAGGGCGCUGGAACGAAGGAUAUUGUGGCGGGGUCCUGGCCACCAAAUCUUUCCCAUCAUCUGUACAAGACUCGUGAGGAGUGGAUUCCGUAUGUCAAGGAGCAGGCUACAACAUGUUACCACGCCGCUGGAACAUGCGCCAUGGGGAAGGAUGACAACCCAAUGGCUGUACUAGAUAAUAAGCUCCGUGUUAAAGGGGUGGAUGGACUGCGGGUGGCAGACACGAGUGUGAUGCCGGUCCUUUGCGGCGGGCAUUCUCAGAUGGCGGCUUACGGGAUUGGUGAACGCUGUGCCGAUUUCAUCAAACAGGGAUUGAGUUAUUUGCCAGUGGAGAGACAAUAA